GAGAACUCUGAGAUCCUGAAGGACCUGCUGAAGCUCCGGGCUCAGAAGUCCUCUCUGCUGGGCUUCAGCACACACGCAGACUUCGUCCUGGAGAUGAACAUGGCCAAGUCUGGGAGGAGGGUGUCCUCCUUCCUGGAGGACUUGUCCCGGAAGCUGAAGCCCCUGGGUGAGGAGGAGCGGGCCGUCCUCCUGCGGCUGAAGGAGAAGGAGUGUGAGAAGAGAGGAGUGGAGUUUGACAGGAAGCUCCACGCCUGGGACACUCGCUACUUCAUGACCCAGGUGGAGGAGACCCAGUACGCUGUGGACCAGAACCUGUUGAAGGAGUACUUCCCCAUGGAGGUGGUGACCCAGGGUCUGUUGGACAUCUACCAGGACCUGCUGGGUCUGUCCUUCCAGCUGGUGGACGGGGCCGAGGUCUGGCACCAGGACGUCACUCUGUACUGUGUGAAGGACCGCAGCAGCAGCCAGGUGGUGGGACAGUUCUACCUGGACCUGUACCCCCGGUGAGGA